AAUUAAACUGCCCUUGCGACCCUAAACAUGAGACGGGCACACUGGCAAAACAAAAAACAACAACAACGGCAGGCAAAUUCGUCCGGAGGAAUAAUCGAAAUAAAUAAAAAUGAGCCAGCGCCGUAAUUAGCGCGCGUGCCAGUUUGUCUAUGAACAGCGCUUGUUUCCGCCUCACCUGGCUGCAACUCGCAUAGCGGAGGGUAGUCGAAAUUACUGACAUCGCAUUACCCGAUGAAUUGGUGCCUCCGUACGGGUGGAUCCGUGUGUUUGUGCGAUACACCCACCUUGAGCAGCAGCAAUAGCAACAACAACAGUAAAUGAAGCGAGAAAACAAACAAACGGCGAUUAUUACUAUUACCAACGAUUGUGGCAGUCAAGAGCAGGGUCACCCGACCAGUGGAUCCCGAUUCAGGGGCCCCAGAUCCAGUUGCUCGCCCUUGCCACCGGAAAUUGGAAUCCCCAAGUCAAUACACAAUUCCACUGUGAAUUUCAAUCGCUGGGCCUUUGCGCCAACUAUAAAUAGAAAAAGCAACAACGCAGCAGCAAAGACCAGAACACUGUCCAUAUUCAUAUCUACACACAUACACACCGACGCAGAAGAAGAAACCCAUAAGUAUUAUUCUUCAUUCCGAGAUUAAUGCACCCAGCACUUACUAGGAACUAGAAGGAGGAACUCGAAACCACAUCACUAGAAAAUGGACGCGGUGGGAAACAAUGUUCCCAACGGAACCGCUUCUGUGACAACCACCAGGACAGUCAAGGAUAUUGUCAAGGAGCGAUUCAAGGAGGACGAAACCAUAGAAUACAUAUUCGAGGCUUAUCAGAUCAAGGGUCCGGAGUACACCAACCGUCUGCUGGCGCUUGUUUCCUCUAAAUCGGGCGGAACAUUCGCCAUCAUCGCGUUCUCCUACUUGCGCACUCCGCUGACGUCCGUGAACGAGCUGAUCAUCAACAAGGUGUUCGCUAUCGAUCACAACUUCCAAUUGCGGCAGGAUAGCAAGACCUCUAUCACCACACAGCAGUUUGACCUGUCCACGGCAGAGGAUGGCCCCAUCAAGUACUACUACUACGCCACGGAGGGCGACCACUACGAGGAGUUCGUGGCCAGGGUAAUCGCCUUCAAGAGCACGAUGGCCCAGCACGAUCCCGAGAAGGUGCUGAACUUCAGGUGGCUCAAUGAUUACCGGCAGAUUGGCGAGGUGAAGCAGGAGCUGAAGAAGCGGGAGAGCGAGUACAUUGUCUACAAGGAUAUUAUCAUCUACUGCGCCACGUGGAAUGUGAACAACAAGACCUGCAGCGAUAGCAAUAAUCCGUUGAGGGCAUGGCUGGCGUGCAGUGAACAGCCGCCGGACAUCUACGCCAUCGGCCUGCAGGAGCUUGACACGCCCACCAAAGCCAUGCUGAAUUCCACCCAGGUGCAGGCCCUCGAGAAGCAUUGGAUCGACAAGAUGAUGGACAGCGUCCACCCGGACGUAGAGUACGAAAUCCUCAUGUCGACCCGCCUGGUGGCCACCAUGCUAACGGUCAUCGUGCGCAAGGAGCUGCGCCAGCACAUCAUCCGAUGCCGCCCCAAGUCGGUGGCCCGCGGCAUCUUCAACACUCUGGGCAACAAGGGCGGCGUGGCCAUAAGCCUGCAACUCAACGAGGGCAACAUAUGCUUUGUAAACUCGCACUUGGCUGCCCAUAUGGGCUACGUGGAGGAGCGGAAUCAGGACUACAACGCCAUUGUGGAGGGCAUUCGCUUUGACGACGGACGCACCAUCAGCGAUCAUGAUCACAUUUUCUGGCUGGGCGACCUAAACUAUCGCAUUCAGGAGCCGCCCGGGCAGCAGCGACCAGGACCGAUGAGCGACGCGCAGACCUACGAGCUGCUCCUGCAAUACGACCAGCUGCGCCAGGAAAUGCGGCGCGGCAAGUGCUUCGAGGGGUACACCGAGGGCGAGAUCAAGUUUCGGCCCACGUACAAGUACGACCCGGGCACAGACAACUACGACAGCAGUGAGAAGCAGCGGGCGCCGGCCUACUGCGACCGGGUGCUGUGGAAGGGGACGCGCAUUGAGCAACUGGCCUACAACAGCAUCAUGGAGAUACGGCAGAGCGACCACAAGCCUGUGUACGCCGUUUUCCGGGUGAAGAUCAAGACACGCGACGAGAUCAAGUACAAGAGGGUGCAGGAGGAGGUACUCAAGGCAGUGGACAAGCGGGAGAACGACAACCAACCGCAGAUCAACGUAGAGAAGACGGUGAUCGACUUUGGGACUGUACGGUUCAACGAGCCGAGCACACGGGACUUCAACGUCUACAACAAUUGUCCGCUGCCCGUGGACUUCAGCUUCAAAGAGAAGGACAUCCACGCCAUCUGCGAGCCCUGGCUGCACGUCGAUCCACGUCAGGAUUCGUUGCUGAUCGACUCCGCGCGCAGCAUCCGCUUGAAGAUGCACGCCAAUGUGCGGACCAUUACCGGGCUGCUGCGCAAGAUCCGCGCCAGCGACAACUUCGACAUUCUCAUUCUACACGUUGAAAACGGACGGGACAUCUUCAUCACGGUGACGGGCGACUAUCAGCCCAGUUGCUUCGGUCUCUCUAUGGAGACGAUGUGCCGCACCGAUCGGCCCUUGAGCGAGUACUCCCAGGAUCAGAUCAAGCAGCUGAUGAACGACGAAUCGCCGGAGUAUCGCGUGACCAUGCCACGGGAAUUCUUCCUGCUAAUCGACUAUCUGUACAGGCAGGGCGCCAAACAGGAGGGUGCCUUCCCGUCCUACGACUCACGUCUUUCCCUCGGCCCUCACUUCAACUCGGUACGCGACUGGCUGGACACCUGGUCGGAUGAGCCGUUCCCUGCCAAUGCGGAGACUGCUGCGCGGGCGUUGCUGCUGCUGCUCGACCUGCCGGAGCAGGCUUUGCUGGAGCCGGUGGUCGAGAACCUGCUGGAGUGCACCAACAAGUCGCAGGCGAUGGACUACAUUUCGUUGCUUAGCCCGCCGAAGCGGAACGUAUUCAUGCAUCUGUGCAUGUUCCUGCGCGCGGGCAUAGAGAGCCAGUUCUACGACCUGCAUCAAGUCGCCUCCACCUUCGGCCGCAUCCUGCUGCGCAGCACGGAGCGCGCUGCCUGGAUGGACUACCACAGCCGCUGUAUCAAUUUCAUGCGGCUCUUCAUCGAUUCAGACGCCGAGACAAUGGGCAACGGCAAUGAGGCCACCGGAACAGGGACAGGAUCCGGAUCCGGGACCAAGGCCGGACUGCAGGCUUAGUCGGUCCCGGAGAACGGCGAUAGUUGUACAUAGUGUUAGGCUAUUUAUUUUACUUGUUGGUAUUUUGUUGGAACUUAGCAUUAAUGCAUAUUUCUCUGUUUUAUUUGUUAAUUGUUGGUGCCCAACCUUCCGUUCAUUCCAACUUGGUUGUCCCGAAUUACAUCCCGGAAUAACCCGGUUCUUGUUACAACGCAUACAUCUCAAAAGCGAACCAAUAUACAGAUCAAAUCUUCAGUUAUUGAGCCUGCGAAACGUCUUACGAACUAUUGAGUGCAGAAAUAAAACAAAAUGUAUUGUGUAAAUAAGUUAAUCGAAAUGUAUACUGCACACUCGUUAAAUCAAUGUUUUGUUGAGCACGAUUGCUUGUUAGUUUAAAUUAAUUAAGAUUUCCGCCGGGAAACUUGUGACUUCUUUAAAACCCUGGUUUCAGUUCCAACUGAAAAUAAAUAACACCGCUCCACACAGUAUCAAAAUAAA